GUCGGAAUUCUAGGGAACAGGAAGUAACGUCAGUACGCUACGAACAGUUUUUGAUGAACACAUCCUGUCCGAGAAAAUUAGAAAAAAAAGUGAGUGCUUCGCCAGUCCUACGAAUACCCAGUGGGAAACCACCCCCUCGAAUUCCGAUUGGGAAGAAAUUAAUUCAGGAAUCCACGAUGACCCAAAAGCCGAUAUCCACUGGUUGCAACUCAUCGCUAAAUCUGGAGAACCUGCUAAUCGGCGGCAAGUAUAGGGUGAUGAAACCAAUAGGAUCCGGAUCUUUCGGCGAUAUAUACCUCGGACUGAGCAUAAAGGAUGGUUCCGAGGUGGCCAUCAAAGUGGAGCCGAACGACGCCAAGUAUCCGCAACUGAUGUACGAGGCCAAGGUGUACGAAAAGUUGAUCAGCAGUCCGGGAUUUCCACAACUACUGCACUUUGGCUGCGAGAAGAACUUCAAUGCCAUGGUUAUAGAGCUGCUCGGUCCUUCCCUGGAGGAGCUCUUCAAUCUCUGCAAGCGUCGAUUCUCCCUGAAGACCGUCAUCAUGCUGACCGACCAAUUGCUGAUGCGACUGGAGUGCGUCCAUGACCGCGGCUUCAUACAUCGCGAUAUAAAACCCGAUAACUUCCUGAUGGGUCUGGGCAACCACAGCAACAAGCUGUACCUCAUCGAUUUUGGCCUAUCCAAGAGGUACAAGGACAUGGACUCGGAGACCCAUAUCCCCUAUCGCAAGGAUCGCAAUCUCACGGGCACCGUUCGCUACGCCUCGAUAAAUGCCCAGAUGGGAGUGGAGCAAUCCCGCCGGGAUGACUUGGAGUCCUUGUGCUAUUGCGUUAUGUAUUUCAAUCUGGGAAAGUUGCCCUGGCAGGGUAUUACGGCCGCCAAUAAGAAGCAGAAGUAUGAGAAGAUACUGGAGAAGAAGAACAGCGUUUCGAUUGGGGAGCUCUGCAAAGGAUUUCCUUCCGAGUUUUCGCUGCUAAUGAACCUCGUCCGCAAUCUUCGCUUCAAGGAGCCACCGGAUUACGUAUAUAUGCGCCAGCUCUUCCGCAUUCUCUUGCGAUCGCUGAACCAUCAGUACGACUACAUAUACGAUUGGACCCAGUUACAGCAACAGCAAAAGGAUCGUUUGCGCCGUGACAGGCAGCGGGAACGGGAACGGGAGCUGGAUCGGAAUUGGGACCGGGAUCGUGAGCGUCAGCGGGAAAAGGACCAGCCGAGGGAGCGGGACAGAGAUCGGGAACAGGAUCGCCGGCUUAAAACGUCCACUCAGCAGGUGGAUCGCUCCUACGGCCACCUAUCGAGCAGAUACGAUCGCAUCGGCGAUGGGUCCAUCAGCAAACGAAAGUAGUACCACAACAACUCCUUGUAUCAUAUAUCAAAAUUAGUUCCAUUUAAAAGUUAUGUGUUUCACGUUGGGGCCUUCA